AUGACUUUCAAGCAAAUUGUUUUCCAGAUCGUUGGAGUGCUGGCCUUUGUCGCUGUCACCAGUGCACAAAGUGGAAUCGGCUACUAUGGACAUCACCUUCAGAAGCAACAUCACAACGUUGAGGUUCAUCACGAACCCGAAAUUCAUUUACAGGAGCAGGUUCACUAUGCUGUUCCCGAAGUGCACCAUCAGGCGAAAAUCCAUUUACAACCACAGGUGCAAGUGUAUCAUCAACCACAAGUACACUACCAGCCUCAGCAUCACGAAGAAGAGGAACACCAUGGCCCAGCUCAUUACCAAUUCGAUUAUGACAUCCACGAUGAUCACACCGGUGAUGUUCAUGGCCGCAAGGAGGUCCGCGAGGGAGACAAAACGGAGGGACAGUACUACCUGAUUGAUGCCGAUGGACACAAGCGCACUGUGACCUAUCAGGUCCAUGGAAAGAGCGGAUUCAUCGCGCAGGUGCAUCGUGAGCCCAUCAAGGGUUAUCAAGCCCCUCAGCAGCAUCAGUCUCACCACGACCAUUAUUAAGCCAUUUUAGUGCCAAAUAUUAGUUAGGAAUAGUUAGUAAAAUUCAUCAGAUCUCCCAUCUCCCACUACGCAACCAAGGUUCGAUCUUCCGAGGAUGCCAUUCUCAUCAUUCUUUAUCAUUAUCAUUAUCAUUCUUAGCUACAUUAGUAUUCGUAUUUAUUAUUUUUCAAUACGUUACAGCGCGUUUACAGGAGAGAUAUUGUACGAUUUAAAGGUUUACACACUCUAUUCUUUAUACUCUCUUCCAUCACAGAGUGGAAUUGUAAAAG